GGGAUAGCUCACCCUCUUGUUUCUUGACUUAAGUUCUUCAUUAACCAGAAGUAUUGAAAUAAAAUACAAAUUCAAAGCAGACCAGAUGUCCCAGAAGUGUUUGGGGAUCUAUCGAGACUACUAAGUUAGGCUUCGUGUUAGGCCGACUUAACCUUAUUACGCCAUUAACAAUAUAAAUGAAGCAUGGAUACAACAUCAUCAAAAGAAGAUUUAUUACCAAAAAUGAAAUUGUCUCCGGAUGAUUUGGAUGUAAUACAAAAACAGAUACACGUGCUAUGGACAGGAAUACGACUUUUGUUGGUGUAUUGUAUUAUAUUGACUUUUGUGGUGGCUGGCUGCAUUGUUGUAAUAUACACAAAUACUUUACGUUGUGAUACAACCAGCGGACAUCUAUUUCUUUCUCAGUCUCAAUCAAAUAUACAAAAUGAUGUACCACCACUGAAUGAAGAAUCAUCUCAUAUUAAAGUGGACAAGCCUCAAAACAAUGCUUCAUCGCAAGCCAUAAGGCCUGGGCUUAGAAACGUACACAGCUCCAUACACCAGCUUAGGGUGAGGCGAGAAGUGGAAGAUGGCAGCACUGUCGCACCAACAAAAAAGCCCCGAGUAAAGAAGAAGAGGGACAAGUGCAAGCGAUAUAAUAAGUGUCUCAAAAAGGAACUUGUGAAGGAGCUUUCCAAACGGGUGCCGGCAGAGGUCAAGAAGCAGAUCGAUACACUACCAAAACCUGCAGCAACUGUUCUUCCUGCCGGCACACAAGACAAGAAUCAAAAGCACAAUGUCAUAAUCCACUUAGAAGCUAACGAGGAGCCAUAUAUGGACAAAAUGGAAGAAGGUGAGCUUAGUCCUAAGUAUACAAUUCAUGGUACAUCUUGCAAAUAUAGUUUGGCAACAGGUCUAGCGUGCAUUGAUGGACUUUACAAAUUAUGGAAAUUCGCCGAUUGGGUUACGGAUGAAGCUAAAGACCGCGUGUCCUACAAGGAUGGAUUGCUUAAAGUCAAAGAUGAGGGGUUCUACCUGAUAUAUGCCCAGGUGAGAGUCUCAAAGGUAACGUUCAAAACAACAAUGGCUGAAAACACAAUGGGCGUUUUCCUUGGAGUUGAUGGUGAAACAAAUAUUCUUGAAUGCACAACCGGUGUGGAUACUGAACCAAAUAAAGACAAAAAUGCUGUACCAAACACCAAAGAAAAGGCGAGCACGAGAGACAGAUCGUGUUAUAUAAGUUCUCCAAGACACAUCAAGGCAGGUCAAAUUCUAUCCAUCAGGGAUUCCAGGAGAAUUUACUCAAGUAUUACCAAUAGGCCGACGACGGACUUUUGGGGAAUAAUCAAGUUAAAUUGACAAUUCCACUCCCGUUAUCUGUUAGUACGGACAAUGAUUGUUUAGGAGUUUGAGAGCGUACUAUCUUUUAUUUGUUGGCUCAACUUCCAAACUCCCAACGAGUAUUAACAGCUUAACAGGGUAAAUAUAUGCCAAAAUAAAAGUGUUCAAUAUACCUCUAAACUAAAUGUUAACAUUUGCAGUAUACCAAUACCCGCUGCCAGUCAAAAAAGUAUAUACAUGAUAAUUUAAUUCAUACGCCCCCCCCCC